AUGAGCUUCCUCGCCCGCGUGCCCUACUCGCUCGCGCUUUUGGCUACCGCCUCAGGACUGUUCCUCAUCUUCAAUCUCGCUGGGGCCUCCGCUGCAGUCGUCGGAGGUCCUACCUUGUCUGCGGGUGGACGCAUCGGAGUUGCAGCCGCCUACUCUGACUUUGCCCUCAACUUCACCCAGGCCGUGGAUCAUUUCAACAGCCUGGACGCGAGAACUUUCCACCAGCGCUACUGGGAGAACCAGCGCUGGUGGAAGGUACCCACGCAGGCCCAGGCCCACCCUAUGGCCAUCCUGCGCAUCAACUCAUUCCAUGAUGACGGGGAUUGGAAUACCUCGACCAUUGUGACCUGGGCCAAGGAACUCGGGGCGAUCGUGUUCGACCUUGAGCCCAGGUAUGCGGGCAAGAGCUACCCCUUGCCCGACGUCCGCACCGAAGAUCUCCGCUUCUACUCCAUCGAGCAAAACGUGGCAGACGUGGUGAGCUUCAUCAGCAACAAGAGCGCCCUUCUGCCCAACAACACGCGUUGGGUCGUGAUGGGCGAACUGUUCGACGGCGCGUUCGCGACCUGGGUGCGCGCCAAGCCCCGCGUGGCCUUUGGCGUGGUGGCGGUGUCGCCCCACCUGCUCGCCGUCGAGGGCUACCCGGACUACGACCUCGCCUACCAGGCCGCCAUCGGCUCGAAGUGUUCGAAAGUGAUUCACGACUUGCUGGAGACCGUCUCGUGGACCCUCAACAACGAGACGGCCAACAAGGCCUACCAGAAACAAUGCGGCAGCAGCGUGACCCUCCCGAAUGCGGAAUUCAUGUACGUGGUGUCGACCAUUCUCUUCGGCAACAUGGACUCGAACUACGCCACGCUGUGCUCGACGUUCGAGAAAGUGAAGGACAAGGACAACACCACGCGGCUGGACACUCUGGCCAAGUUCAUCGUCGCCAUCAACGACGAGUGGAAUAUGGAGUUCACCGAUUGGGACUUUGCGCUCGACACGGGCGGCAACAUGAGCGACACAGGAGCCGGCUUCAGGCCCACCUACUACCUCAAGUGCACGCAGCUCGGACAAUUUGAGACGCCAGCAAAGUCGGGCUACAGUCUGGUGCCCGCUGAACGCACUGUGGACUGGUACCUGUCGGUGUGUCACAAGCUCUUCCCCAACCUCACCGCCGACGGACCCAACGUCGCGCAGGUCAACACCAACUUUGGUGGGCGCGUGCCGGAGGGCUGCAACAUGGCGUUCGUGGUGUCCCCCAACGAUCCCUACUCCACUCUCGGGCCUGACCCCGUCCUCGUCCCGUCCAAGACCAAGGCCUCCGGUAACAAGAUCAUUCAGAUUGACUGCGCGUCGCCGCAAGUGGGUCUCUCGCUGUUCUUGCCCGCCACGAGCGCCGAUGCCCUGUGCCUCACCAAGGCGCGCGCGCAGGUGUUCCAAACGCUUCAGGCCUGGCAGACCCAACCCGACACCUGCCCGACCGUUCCUUCGGGCGGCGGAGGUGGCGGCGGCGAGGGCCACGGCGAUGGCGACAUGGCGCUGGUGGGCGUGUUCUCGGCCGUGGGCGGCAUCAUCCUGGGUAUCUCCAUCACGGGCGUCAUCUUCUUCUACCUCUCCCGCAAGAUCAUCCAGCGCUGGAAGGCCUCAGCCUACGCCCAUGUCAACUGA